AUGAGGCUGCAGACCGUCUUCGUCUUGAUUCUGCCCUUCAUUCUCGUCCUCUGGGCAACCCCAGCACGAUGCUCAGCCGACUUCGACUUCUCCGCCUAUCCAGCAUCGACAAGGACAUGUCUGGAGGACGCAGCAGACGACUCGACCUGCACUGCUGACUCGGCAGACGAGGACACAAACAUGUGCCUAUGCAGCAACACGGGCAACUUCGUCCUCAGCGCGGCGGCAUGCAUAGGGGACCAGGGCGCCGACGUGUUGGCACAGGUGUACGAGCUUAUGCAGGAUGACUGCUCCGACGCAAAAACGCCCCUGACCGUGUCCGAGGCGGAGUGGUUCAUGGCUGCGAACGGGACGACAGUGACAGUGACGAGCACCAUUACGACGACGAGUGCGGGCAUCCUGACGACAUAUACCACGACGAGCACGAGCUCGCACAUCGCGAGUGAGGCUACGGCUACGAGCAGCAGCACCUCUUCUGCCGGCGGCAGCAGCAGCAGUCAGGGACCAGGCCAGGGGAUGACGGCCAGCGCAGAAAUCGGAGCCAUCACGUCGAGUGUUGCUGGAGCCCUGGCGAUCGCCUGUAUGGUGUGCAUGUUUUUCAUGUUCAAGAAGCGAAGAACGGACAAGAGGGAAAUGCGGGCAGCGCUGGAGGCGGGGAGGCGCAUUGGUGGAGGCGGGGAUAGAAGAUCCAAUGAUAAGCCGCUGCUCAGCCUGGGCGCGAUGACACCGGGCAGCAGGAGUCCACUCGGAGCCAGUUGGCGUGGGAGGAGGCCAUGGGACACAGUGGCCGUCGCCAAUAUCACAGGGAGUGGGAACUAUGGGGUCAUGGUGCCCUUCACCAGUGUCUGCAUUGGUACACACGAAUACGAUGGGAACAUACGACAGCACAACAAACACUCUUGGGCCAAUAUCGACGCUUUCACCAACAUUGUCACGCCCGCUCACUAG